AAGUCUUAGCGGAAGUGCACUGAUGUCACGUCCGUUGCGCGAAGCUGAAACUUUGGCGCCCCAGACUUUUAAACAUCUUGAAAGACAUCGGGAACACCACCAAGAAGACGAACAUUGAGCCAGUCCGGUAGUUACCACGGCAAAGUAACGUUAGUUGUAACCUGGUUGAGAAGAUAAAAAGUCGUUCAAAGCAGAAUAAUUGCUCUCCGGAUGGCUGAUGUCGGUGAGGUGAGCCUUCUGUUGACAGAGCCGCUGGUCUGUUAGCGAAAAAGAUACCUACCUCGUUUACCUCUGCUAGACGAGCUGGCUUUCGGGAAGAAACGCACAUUAAUACGUACACCUGCCUGUGGUCUAAUCCGCCAUGAUCCGCAGCAAACUGAAGAAAACCAAGGCACCAGGGGGCCAGAAGAACAUCUUAUCCUUCUUUUCCUCUCAAAACCACCACAAGGACUUGUCAUCUUCCACCAAAUUGCCUGUCAUUGGCACUGCACUAGCCAGGACUGAACCUCCAAUCAUAGAUGGCGAAACCUUGACAUUCGGACCCUAUUCCCCCUUAAAGAGGAGUAUUCUUGGGGACCUUGAAAACUUCCUGCCCUCCUCACCAGAUCUUUUAUUGUCUGUGCCUGAGACUCCAAACAGUCAGAUCAGGCCUGCUUCAUCUUCUUCCUCCAGAAAUCCAGAUCGACGAAGCCCCCAGCCCAGCAGAGAGGUGGUGAGCCUGGAGAAGCUUGGCCAGUUGUCUCCCAUCUGUCGGAGUCCCCGCUCCAAAAGGCAGAGUGUACGGAGGCUUAUGACUGAGGAGGGAAAGAAAUCCAAGAGGGAAGAAGGAUGUCCUGGCUCUGUAAAAAGAUUAAUCAGCCCUCCUCAAGAGUCUCUCAAGGCCAAGAGACCAAGAAAUGCCAAGCCACCAGCACAAAGAACUGCGCUCAGCCCUACAGGUAGCAACCUGAAAGUAACAAGGCUUUUGAUUGGCCCUUUAAAGACGCCUUGUUUCUCCAGUGACCAGUCUGAGGGGUCAGAGGGUCACACCAGAGAUACUGAAGUGGUCUUUAAUGAAAUCAAAAACUCUUUUGGGGAACAGAGAGGACAUAAGAACGGGAGCGAUGAACAGGAGGAAGAUUCUGGUUUUACUGCGAUAACAGAGCAGAAAGCAACAUGGGCCCAAGCCAAUGGAAACCCACACACUUGUCUGGAUAAGGAUACCCACACUCUUACUGCUCACAUGCACAAACCAAGUGUUCAAGCUAUCACACCUACAACACAGAGAAGUGCAAAUAAGGGAGACAGUGACCUUACCAAAUUAGGAGCUACAAGAACAGCAAGGACAUCAUCAAAUGGAGAUGGAGACGUUGUGACAUCAUCGGACCAGGGGCAAGCUGAAGGAAGUUCAUCAGUGGAUGAGAGGUUGGACGAGAGCUGGUUUGCUGAGGAGAUGGGUCAUAAUGAGGGUCUUGUCAUAGAGAACAAAUCCCCAAAAAACCGUAAGGUGCCAGACCAUGUGAUCCUUUCUGGAGGCCUAAACAACCGCUACUGGGUUUUAGAUGUGGAGGAGAGGCCUGGCCACAAAAAACUCACCAUCUCGUGCUCCAGAUCUCUACAUCCAACUGAGAUGUGUCUGCUGAAAGAUGGAUGGGAGAUGACGCCUGUUUGUCAUGGUGAUGUGGUACAUCUAGAGGGCCACUCUGAUGCUGGAUCCUGGGUAGUGGACAGGGAGCAGGGCUUUCUGGUUUUACUACCUGAUAGCCUUAUCUCAGGUACCAGCAUCUCUAACUCCAUUCGCUGCAUGAGGCGUGCAGUACUCGGAGACAUGUUCAAGAGUUUUGACGGUGGCUCCAAGCAAAUGCUAAACGGCACCAUGGUCCAUGAAGUCUUCCAGAGAGCAGCUAAAGUCAAAGAUUUUUCUCUGGAAACACUGUCUAAGCUGGCUAACCAAGCCCUGUGCAGUCCUCAGUACCUGGGAGACAUGUACAGUUUGGGUGUAAGCCAGGAAGAGAUGAAGCAGGAACUGCAUGACUAUUUGCCCUCACUGGAACAUUGGGCAAAGGAAUACCUCAGCUCCCCAACACCAAAAGCCAUCAGCCUUAAAAUCAACAGCACAGCUUCGAGCAGGUGUCAGGACUCGGCAACUGUUGUCACGGUAGCAGAGCUGGCAGAUAUAGAAGAGAAUGUGUGGUCGCCGAGAUUUGGUCUGAAGGGGAAAAUCGAUGUGACGGCGCGGGUUCGAAUCCAAAGACCGCGAAGCGUUAGUCACAAUACCCCGGAAGAGAGGACUGUCCCCCUGGAGCUGAAGACUGGGAAGGAGUCAAACUCCAUAGAGCAUCGCAGUCAGGUGAUUCUUUACACUCUGAUGAGCUUGGAGAGAUACAAUUCUGAAGCUGGCUUCCUGCUUUACCUCAAGACUGGCAACCUGCACCCGGUAGUGGCCAGCCACAUGGACCGCAGAGAGCUGCUGAAGCUGAGGAACACCUUGGUUCAUCACAUUCACAACUGUGUGGAGAAAGAGGCGAAGCGGAGCCAUUUGUCUAGACUUCCUGAAAUUGUGACAGACAGACAAACCUGCCAGUAUUGUCCUCAGAAGAGAAACUGUGCUUUAUAUGAAAGGGUGGUCAAUGAUAGCUCUGCAGACGUCUGCGAGGAUGUUGUACGUGACUUCCUAGAGCAGGAGACAGGUCACCUGAUCCCACCACAUCUAAGCUAUUUUUCCCAUUGGCUGCUGCUCUGCUGCCUAGAGGCUGCCAGCAUGGAGGCCAAGAAUGGCCGAAAGCGUGUGUGGCUUCAGACAGCUGAGGAGAGUGAGAAGAAUGGGAGCUGUGUGGGGAAUGCGCAGCUCAGUGGCCCAGUGACUGUGCAGUCUGAAGGGGUUUUUCUUCAUCGUUUCCAGCGAAGAAGUGUGGUGACACAGAAGGGUUUGGCCAGCGGGGAUCGCAUUGUUGUCAGUGACCAGGAAGGUCGCUUGGUUGGUUUGGCAACAGGAUACCUGUGUAAGGUCAGCAGGACAUCAAUCAGCUGCACUCUGGACAGAGACCUGUCUAAGUUCAGUGGUGUGUUGUUUCGAUUGGACGGUGAUGAAGGUGUGGUGGGUCUCAGCACUCACCUCACCAAUCUCUCCAGACUGAUGGAAAACUGUCAGGACAGUGAUCGUCUGAGGGAGCUGGUUGUUGACCUUCGUCCUCCAGAGUUUAUUUCCAACUUGAGUUCUGUUCUGCCAAGAGAGGCUAAGGACACUGUGGCCAACAUCCUCAAAGGUCUCAACAAACCACAGAAGCAGGCCAUGAAGAAGGUGUUGUUAUCCAAAGACUACACACUGAUUGUUGGGAUGCCAGGCACAGGCAAAACCACAACCAUCUGCACCCUGGUUCGCAUCCUUCAUGCAUGUGGGUUCAGUGUGUUGCUCACCAGCUACACCCACUCUGCUGUUGACAACAUCCUGCUGAAGCUAAAGCGCUUCAGGGUUGGGUUUUUGCGUCUUGGGCAAGGGCAGAAGGUUCAUCCAGACAUCCUGCCUUACACAGAGGAAAGUGCGAGGAAGAAGGGAGUUCAUAGUCUGUCAGAGUUGGAGCAGCUUUAUAACAAGGAGCUGGUAGUGGCAACCACCUGUAUGGGCAUCAAGCAUCCCAUUUUCACACGUCGCCGAUUUGAUUUCUGCAUCAUAGAUGAAGCUUCACAGAUCAGCCAGCCUAUCUGUCUUGGACCCCUUUUAUAUGCCAAGAGGUUUGUCCUGGUUGGAGAUCACCAACAGCCACCAAUAGUACAAAAUUGGGAGGCAAGGUCCCUUGGGAUGGACGAGAGUCUAUUUAAGCGACUAGAGCUCCAUAGUGAAGCAGUGGUUCAACUCAAUGUACAGUACCGGAUGAAUAGGCAGAUCAUGUCUCUCAGUAACUCCCUGAUGUAUGAGGGCCGGCUGGAGUGUGGAUCAGAGAGGAUAGCCACAGCCCUGCUCACCCUGCCCUUUCUGCUCUCUGUCCAGUCAGAGCUUAGUUCCUACUCUAAGACUCAUCCACAGCACGACCUGGCUUGGAUACAGCCCACAUUGUUGCCCAGCAACCCUGUUUGCUUCCUAGAUUGUUCCAUGGUGCCAGCACUCGAGUCUGUGGAGCAGGGGGGCGUAAGCAAUCACACAGAGGCUGCUCUCAUACACAGGAUCCUUUCACUGUUGAUAAAGGCAGGGUGUAAGCCCAGUGAUAUAGGUGUUAUCGCCCCCUACAGACAGCAGUUAAAGAGUAUCUCUGCUCUGCUGCAGUCCUCUGCUUUCACCGGUGUGGAGGUGAAUACAGUGGACAGAUACCAAGGACGGGACAAAAGUCUGAUCAUUUUUUCUUUUGUGAGGAGCACUACAGACGAAGGAAACUUGGGAGAGCUGUUGAAGGACUGGCGUCGCCUGAACGUAGCCAUUACCAGGGCUAAACACAAGCUGCUGAUGGUGGGCUCUACCACAACGCUACGACGCUUCGCUCCUGUGGAGAAACUACUCAACCAUCUCCAGCAAGAGAACAUGAUUUUCCAGCUCCCGCCAGCUGCUCACGAGGCCUUACCAAGCAUGUCCCUUUGACAGAAGUCUUUGAAGCCAUGGUGGUGUUUUCAGUCUCAGAGUGGAGCAGCCAGUGGCUGUGGAUCACCUCAAUAGGGCAAAGAUUGAAUGCCAAUCUGCAAACACACUGAAUGAUCUGGAGGCUGUGAUCAGUUGACAACAAUUUUAAAACCUAGCCAUUGCUGUCCUGUCCAUCUUUGGAAAAGAAAAUCAACUAAAAGUAUCAAAGAGACUUGGAACAGCGUUCCCGUGAACUAAUUUAAUUGGCAGUUUCAUUAAAAAAUAGUAUAUAAUAAAAAAUAAAAUAAAAAUAACUGCAGAUAUCCAUUUCAGCGUUUCACCUAUUAAUUCUCUGAAGCGUGCCGCAGUGUGCCAAUGCUUGUCUCACGUUACAGCCCUACUUUAGGAGAGAGUGUAACUGGAAAUACAGAUUACACAAAUCAACACACUGGGAAUGACACCCAAGGAACCUGUAGCAUUUUGAGGAGACACAACAAGCUUAGCUGCUGGAUUAUGGCACUGCGUAUCAAACCUCAACUGCGACUCUAUUGAUACACUGACAAUAUUUUAGACUCGGCUGUUGGUACUUUCUCUAAACAUUUACACACACACACAAAGUCAUUCCUAUGUGAAUAUGGAGACCAUACCGAGUUAUUUAAAAUUCAUGUCACUAAGCUGCAACAGUCAGAUAAGCUCAGAAAUGUCUACCAGUCAACUGAACUGCAAUGAAAAAUCUUGGACUAAAAAUGGAAAAGGGAUUCUACAACACAAUAUUAAAAUAACCAGAAUUAGUUGUUGUCCUAAAUUACUAAAUCAGUAUUUUUCCAGCUCAAACCUCAAGUACAUAUUGUAUAAAGGAUGAGGUGACGGCUGUAUUAUGUACUGUAAUCUCUUAUUUUGUGGAUCAACUAUACAUCACUGAACUUCAUACAUACUUGAUGAGUAAUAUGGCAUUGGCAGUACUUUGUUUUAAUCUGUGAAUGGACUGCACUGGCCUACAACAGUAAAGAAAUGGAAACAACAUACUGGUAUACAAAUAGUUAUGACGUCGGUAACACAAAAAGCUCAACCAAGAAUAACACCAAGUAUUUGAGUCAAUUCCUUUGCAUACAACAGAAUAUGAACAAAACUAAAGCUUUACGGAGACAACAUGCUUACAAAGGAAAUUACUUGGUAUCAUGAGAAAUAGUUAAAACUCUAGGAAUUUGUUAGAAUCCGCAAUUGUUGAACUGUGAUAAUUUAACUGAUUUUAGUUUUUCAUUACUGUGAUUAGAGCAGGUUAUAUAACCUCACCAAGCUAACGGUGAUUCCACCUUUGAUCUGUUUGACCUCCAACACAAACCGUAAUUAUUCAGGUCUUCUCUCUGUAUUUAGUUUUUAAUUUUUUGUGAUUU